UGUCCAAUCACCAUCCAAUUUAAGCCUUCAUUACCUACCUAAUUGGUCUUCCUCUUCCUAUCUUAUUUUUUCCCCUCAACUCCAAACUCUACUCAUCUGCCAAAAGGAUUUUCCUAAAGUAUAAGUAUGCCAUAUCACCUCCCUGACCAUUCAAUAAAUUCCAGUGGCUUCUUAUUAGCUUUUUUUUUUAAGAGAAGAGAAAGAGCAAUAAAAUUUAUUCACAACCUGGCUCUUCUCCUACCUUUCCAAUCUUCCUAAUCUCCUCACUUUAGAUACUGCUUAUACUAAUCUACUUGCUGUCCUCCACAUCCGUGCCUCAGAUCUAAACACCUUCUCUCCUCACCUUUGCCUCCUAGAACACCCAGCUUCUUUCAACCCUCAGCCUAAUCUUGCCCUUUUUUGGAUCAUUUUUGGUUAUCUCAGUCGCUAGAUCUUUCUUUUUUUUUUUUAACCUUCCAAUCUGAUUGUGUGUAUUGUGUAUACCUAUUUAUUUACAUGCCUCUUUAUUAGAACGUAAGCUUAAGGGCAGGUAGUUUUUGCUGUACUUCAUAUCUCCAGCUCCUGGCACAGUGUCUGAUACCUGGUAAGCCUAAUACUAUUUAUUAGUUUACCUUUACAAGUUUACCUUGUGCCAAGCGCUUUACAAGUAUUCUCAUUUGAUACUCACUACAAAGAAAUUUGAUGUAUUUCUAUUAUCUCCAUUUUACAGAGGAGUUACGCGAGGCAAACAAAAACAGAUAAUUUGCCCAAGGCCACACUGCUAAUGUCCGUGAUUAGAUUUGAAUUCAGGUUUUCCUUGGUUCCGGGAAGUGGUGCAGAGGAUCCAACAUAGAACAUAGAUUUAGGAAAACCAGCUAAGAUCUGUGUUCUCGGACAUUUAUAGCUGUGUGACUUUAGGCAACUUAACCCUAUUUCCUCAUCUGUAAAAUGAACUGAAGAAGGAAGUGGCAAGCCACAAGUAUCUUUGCCAAGAAAUCCCCAAAUGGGGUCAGGAGGAGUCAAAAACAACUGAACAGCUAGCUUCUUGGCUUCAGGCACUACCACACAGCAGAUAAUUCCAGGGACUGACUGGUUUCUCUUGAGACAGGAUCACUCAAAACUGAUAACCAUUUGAGAAAAUAUUGUUGCUGGCAGUGAAGGAGCCUGAAGCCCCCACUCCACUAGCCCUUUAUUGACUCCUUGGGCACAGAAGCACUAGCAUAAUCUUACUUUGCAUUAGACUGAGGGGCAGAUGUUCAAUAAAAAAAAAAAAGUCACAGUCAUUAAAUGGAGGAACCACAUUCUGUGCUGUCAGGAGCCGCAGCUCGAAUUUCGGUGGAAGGUCAAGGCGGGACAUGCAUGUUUAUGAUGAUGAGUCCAGCAAUCCGCAGUGGGGAGGAAAGAUGCCUUCCUCCAGGAGCUCAGCUUCCUACCCUCCGCCGCCGCCCCCUACCCACACAGGGUGCUCAAGGGGCGGGGUUAAGAAAUUUCUUCCCAAAUUAGGGAGCGAAAAAGAGAGGUAGUCCGUUCAACUAAGAACCGUCAGGCUCCGCUACUCAAGACUUUUCCGCUUUGUCCAGGAAAAUACACCACGACUGUUCUCCAGUGGAAGUGCCAGCCAAGAGCAGCGUAUCGAUUCGCGCUUUUUAUUCUGUCCGGCAACCCAGCUCUCGCGGGAUCUCCCAACUAGAGAGGUGGACAACCCAACACUAAUAUUGCUUGUUCUGAAGGUCAGAUUAGAAGUGCCUAGCUCUGUCCGAGACUUUCUUUUCUUUUUAUUGCCCCUAGGACAUAAGGCGCCGGGACCUAGGAGCAAAAUCCAACCAAUUCGCGGCUGCCCCUUCUUCCGGUUUCAGAGCGGAACCGGAAGACCAGGAGGCGGGUCCUCUCUUCCCCGACCGGAAAACGCAGUAGAGCCUGAGCCGGGACACGGCCUCGGCCGCUACCCCAGCCACGGCUCCCCGGGCUCCCGGGUCCCCGGACUGUCGCUGUCCGGGCUGAAGGUCGGUCCGGACGACGGCGGACGCAGAUCUCUGGAGUGUCGGGGAGGCCUCCUGACGGGGCCCCCUGGCUGCCGAGAGGGAUCAUGUCUACUGCCUCGGCUGCUUCCUCCUCCUCCUCCUCUUCGGCGGGUGAGAUGAUCGAGACCCCUUCGCAGGUCCUCAACUUCGAAGAAAUCGACUAUAAGGAGAUCGAGGUUGAAGAGGUUGUUGGAAGAGGAGCGUUUGGAGUAGUAUGCAAAGCUAAGUGGAGAGCAAAAGAUGUGGCCAUUAAACAAAUAGAAAGUGAAUCUGAGAGAAAAGCCUUUAUUGUAGAACUUCGGCAGUUAUCACGUGUAAACCAUCCAAAUAUUGUGAAGUUAUAUGGAGCCUGUUUAAAUCCAGUAUGCCUUGUAAUGGAGUAUGCUGAAGGAGGCUCUUUAUACAAUGUGCUACAUGGUGCCGAGCCCUUGCCAUAUUAUACUGCUGCCCACGCAAUGAGCUGGUGUUUACAGUGUUCCCAAGGAGUGGCUUAUCUUCACAGUAUGCAACCAAAAGCACUAAUUCACAGGGACUUGAAACCACCCAACUUGCUGCUGGUUGCUGGGGGAACAGUUCUAAAAAUCUGUGAUUUUGGUACUGCCUGCGACAUUCAAACACACAUGACCAACAACAAGGGUAGUGCUGCUUGGAUGGCACCUGAAGUUUUUGAAGGUAGCAAUUACAGUGAAAAAUGUGAUGUCUUCAGUUGGGGUAUUAUCCUUUGGGAAGUGAUAACCCGCCGGAAACCUUUUGAUGAGAUUGGUGGUCCAGCUUUUCGCAUAAUGUGGGCUGUUCAUAAUGGUACUCGACCCCCACUGAUCAAAAAUUUGCCCAAGCCUAUUGAAAGCUUAAUGACUAGGUGUUGGUCAAAGGAUCCUUCACAAAGACCUUCCAUGGAGGAAAUUGUGAAAAUAAUGACUCACUUGAUGCGGUACUUUCCAGGAGCAGAUGAGCCAUUACAGUAUCCUUGUCAAUAUUCAGAUGAAGGACAAAGUAACUCUGCCACAAGUACAGGUUCAUUUAUGGACAUCACUUCUACAAAUACCAGUAACAAGAGUGACACUAAUAUGGAACAAAUUCCAGCAACAAAUGAUACCAUUAAGCGCUUAGAAUCAAAAUUGUUGAAAAAUCAAGCUAAACAACAGAGCGAUUCUGGGCGUUUAAGCUUGGGAGCAUCUCGAGGGAGCAGUGUGGAAAGCUUGCCACCAUCAUCAGAGGGCAAGAGGAUGAGUGCUGACAUGUCUGAAAUAGAAGCAAGAAUAGCUGCUUCCACAGCCUGUUCCAAGCCUAAACGGGGCCAUCGUAAAACUGCUUCAUUUGGCAACAUUCUGGAUGUCCCUGAGAUCGUCAUAUCAGCAGGCAACGGACAGCCACGACGUAGAUCCAUUCAAGACUUGAGUGUUACUGGAACAGAACCUAGUCAGGUGAGUAGUAGGUCAUCCAGUCCUAGUAUCAGAAUGAUCACUACCUCAGGACCAACUUCUGAAAAGCCAACAAGAAGCCAUCCCUGGACCCCUGAUGAUUCCACAGAUACCAAUGGAUCAGAUAAUUCCAUCCCAAUGGCCUAUCUUACACUGGAUCACCAAUUACAGCCACUAGCACCUUGUCCAAACUCCAAAGAAUCCAUGGCUGUGUUUGAACAGCAUUGUAAAAUGGCUCAAGAAUAUAUGAAAGUUCAGACAGAAAUAGCGUUACUCUUGCAGAGAAAGCAAGAACUAGUAGCAGAAUUGGACCAGGAUGAAAAAGACCAGCAAAAUACAUCUCGUCUGGUACAAGAACAUAAAAAGCUUUUAGAUGAAAACAAAAGUCUUUCUACAUACUACCAGCAAUGCAAAAAACAAUUAGAGGUCAUCAGAAGUCAACAACAAAAGCGGCAAGGCACUUCAUGAUUCCUUAGGACCUUGGAUUUGAAAGUCAUGCACAGAAAGACUUUUUUUUUUUUUUUUGUGGGGGAGGGAGAACAUUAAUACUUAUAAUUCAUGAGUGUUAGCUUCUUGAUAUGUUCUGAAUGCCUAUUCCCUAUAUUUGCUGCAUUUGUUACAUCAUUUAUUUUCCUAUUCUUCUGGUGGACAUGCAGUUCAACAGUCCUGUUGAAUAACGUAGGACAUCCGUGACUUGAAUAAGCAGCAGAAUUCAGCAUUAAGGCAGAUACAGUGAACCAUGACAGUGCAUGCAUGUUUAUUGUGUCAAGGCUAGCCCGACAGAAAGAGGACAUGGGUUAAAAUGGCUGCUAUAUGCAAGAUUUUCUUGAUUUUCAUAUUAGGUUGUUACCUCAGUAAGAACAAAACAACUUAGAGAAUAGUUUUGUUCUUGUAUUUCAUCUCAAGCAAAUUUAAAAUGUCACUUUUAGAUGAAAAGAUGCAUUGUCCCAAGUUUAAAGACAAAGUGCUGUCUUAGAGUAAUUGGUGAUACCUUGCAGAGACAUUUGACCCAUAGGCAUGUUGUAAAAUGGGAAGGCAAUCUGAUGCCAACACCCCUGCCUUAGUGAUUUUCUUCCAUAAGAUUUUUGGAGGUAAGUAAGCAACUAUUGCUUCAUUUUAGCAAAGGAGCAAUUUGGCAUUGCCUUACUGAACUGUAAUUUGAUGG